UAUGUGUGCAUGUAUCUAUAUGUUUACACAGACACACUCACACAACGUAACCUCAGUUAAUUCUGCAUGUUUUGUUUGAUAUCCAAAUUGGGCCUUGGGUAAUUUAACCAUUCUCAUUUGGUUUUUGGUUAAGUUUUGUCAUUUUGUUAUACUAUUGAUUAAUGAUUAUUGUUAACAAUGGCUGCAUAACUCCAAUGUUUUAUGUUUGAAUGGAAUUUUGACUUAGUAAUUUUGUUUACUCAACAACUUUCUGUCUUAUUCAGAAGCUGAGAUAUGGUCUCCCUUACUCUCUCCGUGGUGCUUUCAUCCCGACCCUCGAGUCCCUCCUUCACCCCAACUCUUCCAUUCCUAGGCGUUACAGAGAGGCUCUUCAUAACCUGUGCAGGGAUGUCACCAUUUGGCCUUCUGAUAAAAGCAACUUGGUGGUGUUCCUCGACCGUGCUUCCUACCUGUAGAAGGCCCGGGACUUGUUGGAUGACGCCUCCACCUAUGUCUCCCUGACCCCAGAGAACGCAUCGCUGCUACCGUCGACGGUCGUCUGAAAGAGCAGCCUAUUUUCCGGAGGCGAAUUUUUCCGAGCUUCAAGGUCAUCAUCCCUCGUCUCCCUCAUUUCUAUGGUCUUCCCAAAACCCAUAAGCCGCCGUGCCUCUGCGCCCCAUCAUCUCCUCUCGGGGAUCUGUGACGCAACCUGUUGCGGCCUGGUUGGCGAAGUCUCUCACUCCCCUUCUUGGCACCUUCUCUCCUGCUCACCUUCGCCACUCUCAGAACUUCAUCUCCCGUGUCCGUGGUGUCUCGCAGGUGACAAGAUGAGCUUGGAUGUCGACUCCCUGUUCACCAAGGUCCCGCUUGAUGACAUCCUCCCAUUCCAUCAGAGGAAGCUCCCUGUCGAGGAUCCUCGCCUCCCUCUGCCCACUGACAGUUGAUUCGUCUGUGCGUAACGUCGAAUUCUUUUUCCUCUGAGGGUCGCUUCUACUCUCAAACGUUCGGUGUUUUGACACGGGCUCUCCUCUCUCCCCAGUCCUGGCUAACUUGUUCAUGGAAUACUUCGAGUCAGCGCCUCUCCCUAUCAUCUCCCUUCGUCCUUCUGUUUGGCUGAGGAAACCCAUUCACAGUGGCAUAUACAUACACUUCUCGUACCAUCCACUUCAUGUGAAGAGAGGAAAUGCCACCUCGCCGUUCCUCCACGCCCUCCGCAUCUGUGAUCCCCAGUACCUGGGAGGAGAGAUCAAUUUCCUACGUCGUUCGUUCUCCAAACUGGGCUACCCUCGCCAUGUUCACGAUGUCGCAUUAUACAGGGUGCAGCGUACCUUCUACGACUCCUCUCGUAAAGAGACCCCUCACCUGCCCGUCCUCAGCCUGCCCUACACUGAGGAGAUCUACUCUCUUUGUCGCCUCUGCUGCCUUUCAACUGCAGACUCACCUUUUGCCAGGUGAGCACUCUCCGUCACAAUUUGGUUCACACCUGCCCUCCCUCUACCUCGAAGGUGGGUACCUAUGCUGUUCCUUGUGCUUCCUGUGACAAGCGGUAUUUUGGUGAGACAGGCACCGGUCUCUUUAAGCGCCUGUCUCAAAAUAAAUACACUGUAUCCAGGGGACACAACAACAUCGCCCUCUUUUGCAAUCAGUGAGACACACGCCAUCAAAUGGAUUGGUCAGCAGCGCACAUUGUCUUUCCUUCCGCUGAUGUCUAUGCCCACAGACCGGUAGAAUCUUUAAUCAAACUGCUACCCAAUUUAACUUGAUCAGCGUUUUUUUCUCCUGCCGAGCCUUCCACUUCCAACAACCUCCGCCUUCUUCCGUAUGCCGGCCACCCUUCACGUAGACCGCCUGAUCCUUCAACCUGACCUGACAUCCCUUCACUUCCGUUCUCUUGUCCUCACCUGCUUCGUGUUCCCCACGUUGCCUCUCAUUUCUCUUUCUCUUAUACUUUUUCCUUUCCGCUUUCCCCUUCAGACCCGAAGAUGAAAUCAAAGGAGGAUUCCGAAAACGUUGUCUCACUUAUUUCACGAAAUUUACAUACAUACAUAUAUACACGUGUGUG